AUGUCGGACUAUCCACAACAACAGCAGCAAAAUCAAUCUUCUCUUGAUACUGACAACCAACAGGAACAUAUGAACGACUCGCCUCCAAGAGACUCUAUGCAAUGGGAGCCUGUAACGCAAGGGGAGCCUGCAAUGCCACUACCAUCCACGGACACGUAUACCGAUGCAAAAGUUCAAGAUUUGCAAACUCAUCUACCG